AUGGCUACCCCCAGUGUCCUUACCUUUGAUGGUGAGGGUCGUGCUGUUGACUUCGAGGUCUGGGUCGAUGACCUACAGCUCUUCCUACAGUGCGAUAGGGCAGACAGACUCUCCCUCUUCGAUCUCACCUCUAGUGCCUCUCCUGCCCCGCUUGCUGAUGCUGACAGCACUCCGCCUCAUGCUGCCUACUUGUUUCCUGACCUCGCCGCCUUUCCCACUGUCGCUGACCUCGUUACGCACCUCCGCACUAGUGACACUUGCUACCGCGUUGCGCUUCCUGCUGAGUUUCGCGCCAAGAACCCCCCCCCCAUGUACAUCAUCCUCUACUACAUAGUCACCCGGCUCCCUGACUCCCUUCGCUCGGUCAGGGACCACUUCCUCUCUGUUUGCCCCACCACACUCACUGUUGACCUCCUCGAGGAGCGCCUCCUGGCAGCUGAGAAGAGUAUAGUUGCUGUAGGAGCCUCUCGAGGUGACCCUCGUGCCUCUGUCUUUGAGGGGUGCUCCCCCUCCCCCCUUUUGCCCUCUGUUGCCUCUGUUGCUGCCGUCGACUUCGUUGGCACCGAGUCGGUCGGCGCUGCGUCUGCCCCUAGCGGGCGACGCCGCACCGGCAAGGGCAAGGGGGGCAAGGGCACUGGAGGGGCUGGCGGGGGUGGGGGUACUGGUCCCUGUACCCACGUCCUUCGUACCGGCGACCGCGCUGGUGAGCAGUGCGGGGGCUCGCACUCCACCCAGCGCUGCUUCGGCCGCCUGACGGACGCUUGGCGUCACCAGUUCCCUGACGCCACUGAGAUCCCUCGCUGGGGAGAGCUGUCUAGGGCGGGGGUUGCUAUCUUUGAUCUUGACUAUGAUGCUAUUCUUGCUGCCAUGUAUGCUGUGUCCACUAGUGAUGAGGGUGACUGUUACCUGUGCAUUCCGCCUGACCCGGGCAUUGAGGCUGCUGCUCUAGGUGCUGGUGAGGCUGCUGCUCUAGGUGCUAGUGCGUCUUCUGCCCCAGGUGCUGGUGAGUCUGCGCUCUCAGGUACCACGUCGGCUCAGGCCUUACACACCUUCACCCUUGACUCGGAUGCUUCCCGCUCCUUCUUUCGAGACCGCACCACGCUUACGCCGCUUAGUCGGCUCGUUGCGGUCUCCCUGGCGGACCCCUCUAGGGGUCCUGUCCUUGCUCGCUUCUCCACUGUCUUACCGUGUCUAGCAGCCCCCUCUGGCACCCUCUCAGGUCUCUACCUCCCCUCGUUCUCUACAAACUUGGUGAGUGGUGCUAAUCUACAGGUGUGUCCCACGUAG